AGUCUUGCAUGCUAGAGCCUGAAGGUCUAAAAAUGGAGCUCGACAACUGCUGCGGAGAUAGUUCAAGUGAAGAUGGGUUCAUAGACCCUCUCACCAAAAUCGUUCAAAGGUGGGGAUGUCCGUCAGUGUUAAAGAUACUAGAAGAAAAUGAAGUUGAUGUGGAAACCCUUCCCCUUCUAAGUGAAAGUAUAAUCACAUCCUUCAUACCCAAGAUUGGACCUCGAUUGAAGUUUCUCGCUGGGUGGCGUGCAGAGUAUCAUGCUGCAAAUCAACAAAGCAUGGAACAAGCAUCAACGUCGACAAGAAGCCCAUCAGUGUUCUCCUUAGAUGACUGCUCAGAUCUCUCUUGUGUAACAGGAAGUGAGUGGAGUCCCAGACAAAGCCCUUCCCAGCCCAGUUUGGAUACGCCACUUUACGACUCCCCAGAAUCCAAGAGUCCUGAUCAACAUCCUCCCCUGAAACGGGUCAAGAAAGUGCAUUUCAACAUUGCUUGUAUAUUGAGAGAGACCACCAUGGGAAGAGCAGCAUUAAGGAACAUCAAUGCUACAAAUCUCUGCAGCAAAAGGGACCGGCAUACUGUUGUGGAUAUGUUGACUCAGUACCUGAUACGGGAGUAUGGUACCAAGCCAAGCUCAUUUGUGAAGGCAUCAAUGGCCCAUGCCCUUGUGACAAGCUUUCCUUUCUUAAAAGAUCCAGAAUCUCCACUUGGCUAUGAGGCCUGGUACUGCGUGGGGGCCAAGGGACGGCCAGCAACAGGCUACCUGGAGGAGCAUCUGAGGUAUGUCAGAAAAAAGGAGAAGUCCCUGAGGGUACCAGUAGCUGAAGACGAGGCAGAGUCUCAAAAGCAAGGAGAUACUGAUCUUGAGUCUGUGAACGAUGAUAACAUCACGACAAUGGAAGAAUGGCUGCGUAACAACAAGGAGCCAGAGGACAUGGUGAAGGACUACAUGAAACAAACAGCAACAAAAAGACAUGACUGGAUCAAGAGAAGUGACUGUUGUGUGAAGAACAUUCUUACCACAUAUCCCAGACUUCUCGAUGCUGGAAUGAUUGAAGGAGAUUUUGCAGAAUUGUUCCCAGAGAAAGCAAACGCACUGUACCAGAAGUGGCCCACAUUCUGUAACAAAGUAGUGGACUUCACCGAGAAAACUGGCAACUGGAGAAGUGCAAGAGCCGAAUUCGAAAACAUUCAUGACCCUGGGAAACUCAGUCUUGAGGAAAAGAGCAAUCUUGGAUUCUACAUGCAUGCUCCCAGUCUUGUUCCGAGGAAGGAAAGAUUCCAAGAGAGGAACGAGGUUCUCGACAUCCAGACUUAUGUUGAUAACAUUGAUGAAGCAGUCAGGUCACAGCCAUUUGUUGUUGUGCGUGGGAACAUUCUCACACCAAUACAGGCGUACGUCGUAGUAGAGAGGAGGAUACUUCCUGCUGCAACACUGCUUAAAGCAGUCGACUUGUGCUUUAAGGCACUUUAUGUGAUGGAUAUCGAAUAUCAGCCGCAAAGCUGUUCUGUUUGGAAAUUUCUCCAGAUUGUGGUGUUCCAGUUUACCGAUGGGGAGCAUCUUACACCAAAGCUGCGGGAGGUCCGAGCCUUCAUGAACAUGCCAUAA